AUGGAAUAAGUUUUUUUUUUAUUUCAAUUCAUUGGAAGUCAAAACAAGAGAAAAAUUUGAGUAAAUCGAAACGUAGAAGUAAUACUGUCACUGUUACCAACUAUCACUGUCUUUCUGACAGUCAUAUUUGUCAUCUGUCAUAUAAUUUAUAGAAAAGUUGCGUUGUUAUCAAUGUACUUUGAAUUCAUUUAAUUGUUAACUCGGAUGGUUUACAUGUUGACCUUUGUUUAAUUACUUUGUACUAACUUCUUACGACAUACAACGAGUGCACUAAGCGUUAACUCCUCUUAUCUACUAAUCAUGAUUAUGAUAUGACUUAAAGUGAUUUGAGUUUACGAAAAAUUAUUGAUAUUUCUUAGUAUUCCAAUAUUAUUACAAGGAAUUCGCCAUGAGUGAGAGACCACAGCCAUUAAAGGCCAUAAACCGUUUCUUCGAGGGCAAGGAGCCAUGGCAGGUGGCUACUAUGACCGCUACAUCUGUGCUUGCUGUUGUCUGGGCGCACAGUCUCUACAAUGGCAGAGAGAGUGUAGCAACAAGGCUAAGGAAAGAGUUCUUCCGUUGGCUUCGUCAAGUGCCUAUGGUGAGACGUAAAAUUGAAGAGAAAAUGGCGGAAAUUAAGCGCGACUUCCAGAAAGAUAUUACAAAGAGAUUGGCCGGAGUGACAGUUAGAAGGGAACUUCCUACUUCUGGUCUCUCGGCUGAACAGAUCGCUGAAGAGAUUAAAGAUCAUCUUGCAUUGGGUACUUACGACUGGCGUGGCGGGAGCGUGUCUGGUGCUGUGUACCAUCUCAGUGAGGAGAUAGCGAAGGUAGCGUGCGACGCGUACGCCCUCACCGCGUACACUAACCCAUUGCAUGCUGAUGUCUUCCCCGGUGUCAACAAGAUGGAGGCAGAAGUGGUCCGGAUGGCGGUUAACCUUUUCCAUGGCGAUGAUGAAUGCUGUGGCACUGUAACAACAGGUGGCACGGAAUCAAUAAUAAUGGCUUGCAAGGCAUUCCGUGAUUUAGCGGUCAGCAAGGGUAUAUCCAACCCUCAGAUAGUGGUUCCUUCCACUGUCCACUCCGCUUUCGACAAGGCGGCGCAGUAUCUCAACCUGUCCGUGGUCACGAUACCAGUCUGUCCUGAUACGUACACAGUGGAUGUAGAGGCUGUUAGAAACGCGAUUGGUAGGAGGACUUGUUUGAUCGUAGGCUCGGCGCCUAACUACCCGUACGGUACAAUGGACGACAUCGCGGCGUUGUCGGACAUCGCGCAGGAGUACGGCGUGCCGCUGCACGUGGACGCGUGUCUGGGAGGGUUCGUGGCGGCGUUCAUGCCUGACGCGGGCUAUGACGUCCCGCUGUUCGACUUCAGACUGCCUGGCGUCGCUAGUAUAUCUGCCGAUACGCAUAAAUACGGGUACGCACCGAAGGGUACGUCAGUGGUGUUGUACCGGCGCGCGGAGUACCGCCACUGCCAGUACACCGUCACCACGGAGUGGCCCGGCGGCGUCUACGGCUCGCCCACUGUCAAUGGCAGUCGCGCGGGCGGGCUGAUCGCGGCGUGCUGGGCCACCAUGAUGUAUGUGGGCCGCGACAGAUAUAUUCAGAUGACAGAUGAGAUCAUCACCACAGCCAGAUAUAUAGAAAAAGAGAUACGUAAGAUCGAGGGUCUGUUCGUGUUCGGGAAGCCGGUGACGAGUGUGGUGGCUUUCGGCUCCAAGCAGUUCGACAUCUUCAAGUUCGCCGAACUGCUGCACAAGAAGGGCUGGGCGCUCAACGCACUGCAGUUCCCUUCAGGAGUGCACAUCUGCGUGACGCACGCGCACACGCAGUCGGGCGUGGCGCAGCGCUUCGUGGCGGACGUGCGCGCGGUGGCCGCGGACUGCCGCAGCGCGCACGGCGGCGAGCCCGUGCAGGGGAAAAUGGCGAUAUACGGCGUGGCUCAAGAGAUAUCUGACCGCAGCUUGGUUUCCGAUAUUACGAAGCAUUUCAUCGACUCCAUGUAUUACCUUCCCACGCCUGAAGAAAAGUAGAUAUACCAAAUUAUGCAGUUCUUAGGUUUUUAAUAAGAGAAAAUAAAACGGCCCGUACUACUUGUAAAAUGAAAAUUUCAACAGACAACUUUAAAGGGAAUACAAAAAUAAACCGUUAUUUAAAUUAAAAAUAUUCAUAAAAAAAUACCUCUUCAAGUAUUGAAAGACUGUAAUAAAUUCAAUUACCAAAUUUUAUAAUUUAAAAUAUUCCAAUAAUAAGUGCUUUGUACAUUUUCAUAUUAAACUACAAUAAACAAAACAUGGGAACAUAUAAAGUCAAUUCCUAGUAAAAUUCGUAAAUAAAAUCAUAAUUAUAAAUAGUGACAUCUAUGACAUUUCAUUGAAAUUAAAACGUUUCAUCGAUUGGACAUAGAUGGCGCUAAAUUCAAUGACAAAGUAUGUUAUUGCUAUCUUCAUAAUUUCUUUAAAUAGAAGAGAGACAGCAAUGUGUUUAUGGUUUUUAAGCUUCAUAGUCAUGAUUUAUUUCAUUAUUUAUUUGGAUUAAGGGUUUAGUAGUAUAUUCUAUUUAAUUAUUUCGUUUUAAAACUUAACUUUUACUUUGUAAGUUAUAGUUUGGUGAUUGUAUGUAGUAGUGUUGUAACGGAACCCCGCAUCUGCUUCCGUUAUUUCUUAUGCGGAGUUAUAACGGAGGUCAAUUUACGUCUUUUACGCGAAUAGGAUGAUUAGGUAUCGUUUAUGCGGCUCGCGCAGGCGUGAUAAGUCACCUAACUAUAAUUGUUAUACAAUAUAUUUGCAUAAUAUAGUGUAUCUUGUAAAUAUGUACCAAUCUGUAUUUUAAAUUAACGUAGUUUUAGUUUUUAUUUCUUUAAUAAAUCGCAAUUAAUAUUUUAUUAUUGACCUCCGCUUCUGCAGAGGUGAACUCCGCAUCCGCAUCCGCUUCCGUUAAAAUGGCCUCCGUUACAACCCUAGUAUGUAGUAUCAAAUGCCAUAUCAAAAUUAAGCACAAUUAAAUUAUUUUUGGUAUAUCAUUUGUCUUUUCCGUAUUUGCAUUUAUGAGCGAUGUUAUUUUGUUCAUUUAAUGGACGUAAAAAAAUUUGUACCUUAUGUCUACGACGUAAAGUCUAUAAUUUGUUUAUAUUAUAUUUA